UCAACGUGCGGUGAUGUUUAUGAUGAGUUGUGUCACCAAAAUCCAAAUGUGUAACCUGACGGGCACGCGCACUGUCAAAGAUGCGCAACAUCCCACUGUUCUUUCGCAUCACAUCGACAUCACUGCGCUUCUGACAGAAAAUCGAGCUGUCACUCUCCGGUGUCCAUCGUAUCUUCAACCAAAACGUGUCAGUUCGAAGUCUAGCCAGCGACUAUGUCAUGCCAAAUGGUAAACAAACGCUCGCCUGCCAUAAUAGAUACGAGAGGAGAAGUCACUGUCGGAUUGAGGUGGAUUAGACCAUCUGAAGUCACUUGCACAAGACAUCAACUCUGGUUUUCCGACGAUGAAGCGACCCAAGAAGGAACAAUAAGAUGUGAGCGAUUCAUGGCUUUGUUAGAAAUGUUGAAUUGUGGCAACCCAAUUCAGCGACUGACAUGAACAAAAUAAUUUGUCUGAGAAGCUGAUGCUACUGUUCCAUAAGCAAAGAAGCCUUUAGACCCGACAAGUGGCGCAUGUAGCCUACUAGAGCGUUGGACUAUAGAGCGUUGGACUAGUAACCGAAGGGUUGCGGGAUCGAAUCCCCGAGCUGACAAGGUAAAAAAUCUGUCGUUCUGCCCCUGAGCAAGGGCGCCGAAGACGUGGAUGUCGAUUAAGAAAGACCCCGCACCUCUCUGAUUCAGAGGGGUUGGGUUAAAUGCGGAAGACACAUUUCAGUUGAAUAGGUUCAGUUGGACAACUGACUAUGCAUCCCACUUUCACUAGUAGGCUACCGAAAUAACAAGACCGUAGACUGUUCAGGAAUGCUCUCAUUUGGGAUUCGGAAUGCAUUUUACGCAGCAGAGAACUUUGCUUUAAUCGAAGUACUUGUAUCGUGAGAGAAUAAUAGUUAUCCUAAGGACCUUGGACAAAUAAUGCACAAGCUUUGCCUGAUGCGAUGAGAUACUCUUCACGUUCUCUUGAGAAUUGGAGCCAACCAUAUCAACACCGAGAAAAAUUUAAGUUUGGACUGUGUGUAAAGCCAGAACCGACAAAACAAUUUCACGGGAACACCGCAUCUAUAUUAAAACAUCUUCACAGACUCGCAUAGCGAGUCUGUGAGCAGGUGAGUGCGGGACCCUGUCUGCCCCACUGUCCAGCGACAUAAUGAGCUGGAGCUUCCUCACGCGGCUGCUGGAGGAGAUCCACAACCACUCCACCUUCGUGGGGAAGCUGUGGCUCACCGUGCUUGUCGUCUUCCGCAUCGUCCUCACCGCCGUCGGGGGAGAGUCCAUCUACUAUGACGAGCAGAGCAAGUUCGUUUGCAACUCGGGCCAGCCGGGCUGCGAGAAUGUCUGCUACGACGCCUUCGCACCGCUAUCGCACGUCCGCUUCUGGGUCUUCCAGAUCAUCCUGGUGGCCAUGCCAUCUCUCAUGUACAUGGGCUACGCCGUCAACAAGAUCGCCCGGCUGGACGAGGACAAGGGCGGGGGAGGGUUGGCCACUGAGACAGGGGGAGGGGAUGGAGGGGGCUACACCCACCGGAGGCCCAGGAAGAUCUGCUUCGGGGCGCGGCAGCACCGGGGUAUAGAGGAGGACCAGGACCAGGACCAAGAGGAUGACCCUAUGAUCUACGAGGUGCCUGAGCCCGAGCCCCCUCGCCGGGUCGACCCGCUGGCCCCGCGGCCCAAGCCCAAGGUACGCCAUGAUGGGCGGCGGCGUAUCCAGGGUGAUGGGCUGAUGCGUAUCUACGUGCUGCAGCUGGUGACUCGCACGGCGCUGGAGGCAGGCUUCCUGGCGGGCCAGUACCUGCUGUACGGCUUCCGUGUGAUUCCUGUGUUCGUGUGCUCCUUCGAGCCCUGCCCCCACAGCGUGGACUGCUUCGUGUCACGGCCCACGGAGAAGACCAUCUUCCUGCGCAUCAUGUACGGUGUCACGGUGCUCUGCCUCACCCUCAACGUGUGGGAAAUGCUGCACCUGGGCAUCGGGACCAUCUGUGACAUCCUCCGCCGUCGCCGCUGCCCGCCCCAGGAGGACGAGUACCAGCUGGGGCUGCUGGGACCCAGCGUGGGGGUCUCCGUGGGGGUGCCUGGGCCAGAGCCGGGAGCAGGGAGAGGGGUGGUGGGGGAUGGGGGUGCUGAGUACGUGGGGUACCCGUUCUCGUGGAACGCCCCGUCAGCUCCACCAGGCUACAACAUUGUGGUGAAGCCGGAACAGAUCCCUUACACAGACUUGAGCAACGCCAAGAUGGCGUGCAAGCAGAACCGGGCCAACAUCGCCCAGGAGGAGCAGCAGCAGUUUGGAAGCAACGAGGACAAUUUCCCCACAGGAGGGGAGGCCCGCGUGGCCCUCAACAAGGACAUGAUCCUGCAUGCCCAUGACCAGCUAGAGGCAGCCAUCCAGGCCUACAGCCAGCAGCACAGGGCAGAGGAACACCUGGGGGACAACCAUGAUGACAAGCCCCAAAGCAACAUCACCCAGGCCCAGCCACAGCCUCAGCCUCACAAGGAGCGCAAGCACCGCUUCAAACACGGCAAGGGCGGCAGCAGUGGAGAAGGGACUGGAAGCAGCAGCAACAGCAGUAGUAGCAAGUCAGGGGUGGGCAAGCCUUCUGUGUGGAUUUGACCCCAUACACACACAAAUAGACAAACACACACACACACACUCCAGCCCUGGCCUGAGCCAGCACUGACGGAGCCCCAUAUCCGUGUAGUGUAUGUGUCAGUGAGGGAAGGGGUGGUCCCGAAAACACCAGCGCCAGCCCUGAAUGGAGGGCUGAGGUAGUGGGAUGUCAUGCUGUCUUUCUGUGGAUAUUUCAACACCAUGUUGUGCCUUUAAAAAUCCCACAAGCUGGAGGAGACUAGCCUACAGUAGUAAUAUGUCAGUGUGGACAGGUGAGGAGAGGUGUGUCAAGAGCACUAGGGAUUUUUCAGCAGGCAGUUGUGUGUCUUGGUUGUCGCUGUCUAACCUACAAGACCCCGGCACAACUCUCUGAAACAGUCUCUAGUGCUUCUGAACUCUUCCAGUUCUGAAGCAGACACUUGUUCUCUGUUGUUUUCCUACUGUCCCGUCUUCCAGUAGCCUGACGACUCACACUAAAUUAUUCUGUAGUUCGCUGCAUACUUUAGUCUGAGCCUGCCAUUAUUGAAGUUGUUUGUGGUGACGAAGGGCACGUGGGGCAUUGUACAAACAAAGUCAUUAGCGAUUGGAUCGUCUCUAACCAAUCAGAGUCCAUGAGGAAUUUUUCAAACUGAAUGUGUUGGCAUUCGGUGAAGGAUUGGGGAGGUACUCAGAUCCAGACUCAUUGAGGAGAAGAAACUAACGUCUGUGGGUGUGGUGUAGCGUUUGGCCGGAGCAAGGAUUCUUGGCAGCCAGGCAAGUCUUCCAGAGGAUAUUGGGCUGAGAAAAUUACUAAAUCGUUAUCACCAUCUCUUUUUUGGGAUUUCUGAUCCAUUUAUUUAUAUCCCGUCCAUUCUCUUGGUGAUCCUGAUUUCCAUGCCACAUUUUGAUCAAGAUAAUCUGCUGGCUGACUUUCUGCAAAGUCACAGACUUCAUAAUACAUUGGCAUCAGAAUGAAUGGACAUCAUAAUGCAAUGACAUCGCAAUACAAAGACCGUAUAAAACAAUGACUUUAUAAUGCAAUGACAUCAUAAUGUAAUGAAUGACAUUGUAAUACAAAGACAGUAUAAAACAAUGACUUUAUAAUGCAAUGACAUCAUAAUGCAAUGAAUGGCAUUGUAAUACAAAGACCGUAUAAAACAAUGACUUUAUAAUGCAAUGACAUCAUAAUGUAAUGAAUGACAUUGUAAUACAAAGACAGUAUAAAACAAUGACUUUAUAAUGCAAUGACAUCAUAAUGCAAUGAAUGGCAUUGUAAUACAAAUACAGUAUAAAACAAUGAAUUUAUAAUGCAAUGACAUCAUAAUGCAAUGAAUGACAUCAUAAUGCAAAGACAGUAUAAAACAAUUACUUUUAAUGCAAUGACAUCAUAAUGCAAUGACUUCCUAAUGCAGGGAUAAUAUUGAAAAGGUCAAUCACAAUGUAGAUGUUCAAAUUCCCUGAAGGCUAUUUUCUCUCCAAGGUCACUGAUGUUUAAUGUGUGUGUGACUUUCUAUUUGACCCAGGCCAAGUCUUUGAGUGCAUGCAUCUUCCAGGUGGAGGGACUGAUCAUGGCUUGAUCAGAUGAAAGCGGUCAGGGAGAUGGUUGAUGGAGACAGUCUGGUGAAGAGGGCUACUCUUGUAGCCACUGGAGUUCCCCUCCUUCACAAUGUGUAUGAGAAGCAAUUAUUCUCACCAUUAAUUAAUACCAUUUAUUGACAACUCCCUGUGUAAACCUGCACUCUUUUCACUUUAUUUUCUCUGUGUUUCUCUGUCACUAGUUCUCUCCAUUUUGGACCUGUGUAAGGUUUUCUCAGUACUGGGUUGACAUUUUAUCUGUCUGGUUAUUGAGUGCCCCCUGGUGGUACAGCUUUUAAACUAAGGAUUUAUCAUCCCGUUAGUACAAUAUUACUUACUUUCAUUUGGUAUCUUACUAGUACUUACUAAUUUCGAGUUACCAAUGAUCACCCAACAUUCCAAACACCUGAAGUUAGUCUCUUCAGUUACACAGUAGCCCACUGUUUCCUUUUCAACCUCUUCCUUCCAAGAGCCUUCCUCACAGUGUUCAAUAUGAGACCAACAUGGCUGGAAUAAAAACAGCUCUCCAAGCUAGCCGUGUUGAUGAAGAUCUGCCUCUCUGUUCUCCUCUGUCCAAGUAUUUCUCUGAACUGCCAUAUAGGCUUGUGUCCCAAAUAGCGCCCUACUCCCUAUGGGCCCUGGUCAAAAGUACUGCAAUAUAUAGGGAAUAGGGUGCCAUUUGGGAUGAAGCUAUAGAGACCAAACACUGUUAGUGUGAUGACGGCAGCGUCACUGCCAUUGCCAAGACAACGUUAGGCUACUAUGCAGCCAGGUUGUCAUGUAGCUUUGCUAAGGAAUACUGUGGCCAUGCUACCUGAAUCGCAAAGGAGAAGAACCUGUGUGCUGUAUGUAAGACCAAUCCUUUGUAUUUUUUGUAAAAGUCGCUCUGUUUUCUAUUAUGUGUAAGUGUGUUUCGGUGUGUUUUGGGAGGUCUAAUGUAGCAGAAGUUAAAUUGGUUUCUGUUUUUUUUUUGUUGACCAGUGGUGUUUUUCAAACAAAACUUUUUUUCUUCAAUAAAGAUUUUUUAAAUAAACAAUAAAGAUUGUUUUUACAGAUAAUUUCUUCUAUAAUUGUUUUUCUUUCAUUGCCUUCAAAUUGUACAAAUAAUAUAUUUUUAUAGGUACAAUAGUUGUGUUUCAUGUUGUUGAUGUGUAAAAUAAAAAAUGUAAUUGCCAAAUGUA